AUGACUGUUGUCAAGCGCCAAGUCAAUAGCCCAGGUGGAGUGAGCUCUGAGGUUGAAGUUCUUAAGGCCUUGAAAUCUCUCUUUGAGCAUCAUAAGGCGCUGGACGAGAAGGUACGGGAACGUCUUCGCUCAGCUUUAGAACGGGCCGCACAACUUGAAGAUGAGGUUCGUGCCUCAGCUUCAGAUAGAGCUUCUCUUCGUGAACAGCUUGCUGCUGCUCUAGCGGGUGUAGCUGCUGUUGCGGCGGCGGCAGAGCAGAAGCAUCAACAGCAGCUACAACAUUUGCAGCACGGAAGCACGCCUGAAGCAACCUCAGGUAAGUUUUGUCCAUUUGUAUUAUGUUAA